AUGGAGGAGACGUUAUUUACAUUUGUAAUAAUGAUACUAACAACAACAAUCACGUACACACAUUUAAAAAGAUGCAUGGGCGUAAAGAGGCAGCAAAGACCAUAUUAUAAGCGACAAAGACCUUCUCCUCUUUUUAACCAUCGCGCAUACUUAAAUGAAUGCAUAAAAUUGGCAUAAACCUAUGGAAUAACAAAUAAAAUAUAUAGAAUAUAAAACUGAAAUUACCAAGAAUCCCUG